GCAUUGCAUGCUCAGGCUCCUCCGCCUCCACCAAGGCUGCCGUCGCCUUCGGUGCAGGCGUCCCCUCUGACCGCGCAACCAUCGCCCUCCACCGUGCAGGCGUCUCCUCUGACCACGCCACACUCUCUUCCUGCUGCCAACGGCAGCUCGGAAAGCCACAAGCGCAAGUCCGACCAGCCUCGCAUGAGGUCCUCCAUCGCAUGUACCAAGUGCCGCCGUAGCAAAGUCAGGUGCAACAACAACGGCGUGCACACGACAUGCGAGGCCUGCAAGAAAAACGGCAGAAUCUGCGAGUAUCCAUCAGGUGCCGGGGAGCCGUCCCAGCGAAGAGGGAGCAUAGCCGCCCACCAAGAUGCUUCUGGUGACCGACUGAAUGGAGAGGUGCCUCCUAAAAAGAAGAAACUGGCUCCUUCAUCGAGUGCUCGCGAUCAUCUGAAAGACAAACCUGCAACGCCUGAAGAUGCGCUCGACCCGCAACUAUUCACGCCGCAGAUCUGGACGCAGUUGUUUUCCAUUUUCGAGCAGCACUUCGCUACAGACCUGCCUUUCCUGCAUGCUCCCACCUUUCUCGAGAAACUACGACAAGUGGAUCUGUCGUCUCCGCUCGACAAUUCAUUUGCGGCAUUGCUUCUCGCAUUUCUCACCCUCACUGCUCCCUUCCAUGACGCCCUUGUCCAACAUUCGUGGCGGGGUUCAGGACGUCCCAAGACUCCUAUUGAGGUCUCCAAGAGAUAUGCAGAUGCUGCUCGUGCACGUCUCGACGAUAGCACGUUGAGCAAACCUACACUCGAAUCGACGCAAGCGCUCUUAAUGCUCGGCCUCCAUGAAUGGGGUCUAUGGCAAGGGGCUAAGGCUUUUUUGACAAUCGGCACAGCUAUUCGUUGCGCCCAACAACUUGGCUGCCAGUAUCAAGAUGAUCUAGACGACAUGCAGGCAUCCUGCGUAGAAACUCUCGACGCCGGAGACUCCGAACAACUAUCCAGAGAAGAGCGAUUCAUUCGAGAUGAGAUCAAACGCCGGACCUUUUGGAGUUGUUUCAUCAUGGACCGUUACUUGGGUAGCGGCAAGUAUCGCCCUCGAAUGGUCCAUGUCGGGGACCUACGUAUACAGCUGCCUUGCAGCGAGCGCGCUUUCAAUUUCGGACUCAAUGUGAAGACGAGGAAGUUACGCGAAACCGACGAGGAGUUUUGCAAACGGCGGGAGAAGUAUUCCCAGUCGAAGCGGCUCCGAAGCCCUGUUCUAGAGAAUGGAAAUGGGAUCCGGUUUGGCAACACUUCGGUACACAACGAUGACGCCGACGUUAAGUGGGAAGAUGAAAGUGACCAAGAGACUCUGUCAUGGUUUAUCAAAGCCUUGGAUAUCUGCGGGGACACUAUGCAGUGGGGUUGUACCGUCACCCGUCGAAACGAAGAAUUUGCACCAUGGGACACCUCGUCCAGCUUCUACAAGUUUGAAACGCGGCUUAACGACUUGAUCCGACAUCUCCCCGUCGAUCUUACCUUGAGCCCGUCCCGGACGAACGUCCACAUCAGUUCGCGCACGGCGAGGAGCUACGUGCUGUUGCAUAGUGCUAUCACACUUUGCACCAUCGCACUCCACCGAGAGUAUCUACAAUUCCUCCCAUUUGGCUGUUCCAAGCCUGAAGGCCCUAAAGACGGGCCUCUGCCGCCUGGACGGCCGGACGAAGGCAAUAAGUAUUGGGAAGACCGUGCGGAAAUAUUCUUCAAGGCUGUCAGAGACUUUCUCGACAUGAUGUCGCUUUGCAGACAGCGAGGUGUAUUAGUCGAGACCCCGCUUACCGGAUUUUGCGUGUACCAAGUCGUAUUCGUCGUGCUGUGGUGCGCUUUUUUCCCAAAGAUGGACCAGCACAACUACUUGUGCACAAAAGGCACUCGGAACGACCAACUUCUUGGAGACAACUGGGAAAGAGCUUGGGGGAUGUUAGACCAUAUGCGAGACAGACUACAAAUGGCCCGGGGCUGGUGCAAAACCAUUCACAGAUUGUUGGAAUUUCUCAAGAACGCGAAGAGGGAUUACUCUGCGUGGGUGGGCUCGCCGAAUACCAGCAGCUCCAUUGGUAGUGGACGCAGCCUCAAGGAUGGACUUACAGAGUAUAUGCCCUUUGAAAAAGAUCUUAAGGAGUUCGGCAAUCAUCAGAAGGACGUGGAUAGUGAAACCGGGGACGGCGAAAAGAUCUCGAUCGAUCUGCGACCCCACCUUGACGAGGCGAGCGAAUGCGGCAGCCCCCAUGCUUUCAAGAGCGAGGACGGAGAGACAAUCGAGGGUACUCCGGAGUCAGCAUCACAGGCUCCAGGCUUCACAGCUGUCAAUGGUAAUGGCUCCAUGAAGGCAAGCUCCGACAUUGGAACGCCAAAACCGACAAUCAGCCACUCGGGUGCUUAUGGGCCAGGAACUCAUGCUCCAACUCAAGUACUUCUGCACGGAUCCUACAGACCUAGUUUCACAUCACCCUCUGGUGAAGGCCCGCAUUAUCUACCAAUGGGCUAUCAACCGACCGCUGCGGAAUCCGCGCAACGAGCUACGGCGCACCUGAAUCACCAUAUACAGGAUCAACCUAUGGAAGACGCCUCGCUAACCGCGUAUCCCCAAAUGCGAGGACAGGAGCGUUUCGAGGCGUCCUAUGGAUAUGUGUUUGACAAUAUGGAUAUUGCCCAUUGGACAGGCGCCAGCGUGAGCCUUCGCGAAGGCAUACCCGGUGUGCGGGCCCAGCCGCAGUCAUUCAUGUAUGCCGUUCAGGAAGGACCACAUUCCUUGCCGUAUUAUCAGGGGGACACCGGCCAGUAGCUGAGCAUUCCCAAGCUGGUAAGUUGCAUCGCCCUCGACUCCAGACAUUUUCGGCCCUCACGUCUGGCCAAUAUGUAUUAUUAUUUGCAGCAUCCGGUACCGUUCGGUUUUCAUAGAUGUCCUCAAUAUCGGCGGUAUUCAAGCUCUUGUUUUCUCAUCUUGCCAUGACGAAGGCAGCAGUUAUUCCGGCAGCUGUUCUUGCACCAAGGAGGACU